AAGGGAAAGACGCAGGAGUCCAGAAAAACAGAAAUAACUGAAACAAACAAGGAAGAAGGAACCCACCACCACCAAUAAUAAUCAAACGAUAUUAUCCACAACAAGAUUUAUUUUCUCAUCCUCAACAAUUCCCCCACCCCAUAUCAGAAAAUAGACAAAUUUUCUACUUUUCCUUAUGGUGGAGGUGGAAUGUCUCCUCAUGCGACGCGUGGCUGCCGUCGACAUGAAACGGCCGUUUCCGGUGGCUGGAUUGACACCCCAUAAGCUCAAUCGGGAAAGCAAUGCAUUUGAAUUCCGUUUUGGGUUCGGAUUGAACAAGAAGGAGGUGAUGCGAAGGAGGCUCAAGCUUGUUGUGACUGCCGGACUAUCCAAGUCCUUCUCGCUCAACUUGGGAUUGGAUUCUCAGAUGGUCCAGUCUCAAUCUCAUGAUGUAUCACAGUUACCAUGGAUUGGUCCGGUGCCUGGGGAUAUUGCAGAAGUAGAGGCAUAUUGUAGAAUUUUUAGAGCAGCUGAAAGUCUUCAUGCUGCUUUGAUGGACACAUUAUGCAAUCCAUUGACCGGUGAAUGUAGUGUUUCAUAUGAUUUCACUCCUGAAGAAAAACCAUUAGUGGAGGACAAAAUAGUGUCUGUGCUUGGUUGCAUGAUAUCCCUUUUAAACAAAGGAAGAGAGGAUGUUCUUUCUGGAAGAUCGUCAAUCAUGGAUAUGUUUCGGAUGGAAGAUGCUAGUUUGAUUGAGGAUAAGCUUCCACCACUUGCUGUUUUCAGGGGUGAGAUGAAAAGGUGUUCAGAGAGCUUGCAUGUUGCCCUUGAAAACUAUUUGACACCUGCUGAUCAUCGAAGUCUGGAUGUAUGGAGGAAGUUGCAGAGGUUAAAGAAUGUCUGUUAUGAUUCUGGUUUCCCUCGUAAGGAAAACCAUCCUUACCAUACACUUUUUGCAAACUGGGAAUCUGUUUCUUUUUCUACUUCUGAAGAUGAAAUAGAGGCAACUGAUUCUGAGGUAGCAUUUUGGAAGGGUGGUCAGGUAACAGAGGAAGGUCUAAAAUGGUUGAUUGAUAGAGGAGUUAAAACGAUUGUUGAUCUUAGGGCAGAGACUGUUAAGGAUAAUUUUUAUCUAGCAGCACUAGAUGAUGCUAUUUUGUCUGGGAAAGUUGAAUUGAUAAAAAUUCCAGUAGAAGUUGGGAUGGCACCUUCCAUAGAGCAGGUUGAGAAGUUUGCAUCUUUGGUUUCAGAUUAUAGCAAAAGGCCCAUUUAUCUUCAUAGUAAGGAAGGAGUGCGGAGAACUUCUGCCAUGGUCUCUAGAUGGCAGCAGUACAUGACUCGCUUUAAAUCACAGUUUACCACUAAUCAAUCUGUCAAUCCCAAUAACGUAUCAUCACAAAGGGCAAAUGGAACAGGAAAAAUACAGGAGCCUUUCAUUACAGAGGAAAGGCCCACAUUACAAGGGGCAGAUGUGUUUCCUCAGGGGGCUUUCAAUGGAAUUCAUUCUUCUAAUGGAGUAUAUAAAAAAGAAGUCUCCUCAGAAAGUGAUAAUCUUGUCUAUGGGGCUAACACUGACCUUUCCAGCCAUACAUCAGAUGAUGCAUUUAUCAAUGGGGCAGGACCUACUGGACACAUUUUUGAGGAUACUGAUCCUUUGAAGGCUCAGGUUCCCCCUUGCAAUGUUUUCUCCAGAAAAGAAAUGUCUAGAUUUUUUAGGAGUAAAAAGAUCUCUCCUCCAACAUAUUUUAGUUAUCAGCCCAGAAGGCCAGGAAAACUGCCUGUUUCGAGAGAGAUUUUCAUUAGGACAGGCUGGAGAAGUGAGGUAGUUUGUAAUGAUACUCUGCCAAACCUAGAAGAGAGAGAAAAUCUCAAUGGUUCAUUUAAAGGGAAAAAUCAAGAUCAGGAAAAUCAAAGUCUAGUUACUGGCAAUGAGAAGUAUAUGAGUGGUGCUGGUUCUAUUGUCAUUAAUCCAAAUGUGAACGGAUUUGGUGAGAGGGAAAGCUAUACUUUGACUGAAACUAAUGUCACUACUUUAAGUAAGAACAUCGAUGAGCAUGUCAUGUCUACAUCUUUUAGUGAGAGUCAGAAGAGCAAUGGUAAGCCUUCCUCAGUUUGUGAUGAUGAUGACUUGCGGUCCAUUGAAGGAGAUAUGUGUGCUUCUGCAACUGGUGUUGUACGGGUGCAGUCAAGGAAGAAAGCAGAGAUGUUUUUAGUGAGAACAGAUGGAUUCUCCUGUACCAGAGAAAAGGUAACUGAAGCCUCCUUAGCCUUCACUCAUCCUAGUACCCAGCAACAGAUGCUCAUGUGGAAGUCUACACCAAAGACUGUAUUAUUAUUGAAGAAACUAGGGCAAGAACUCUUGGAAGAAGCAAAAGAGGUUGCGUCGUUCUUAUAUUACAAAGAGAAAAUGAACAUACUCGUUGAACCAGAAGUGCAUGACAUAUUUGCUAGAAUUCCAGGUUUUGGAUUUGUUCAAACCUUUUAUAGUCAGGAUACCAGUGAUCUCCAUGAGAGGGUUGAUUUUGUGGCAUGCUUGGGGGGUGAUGGGGUUAUAUUGCAUGCAUCAAAUUUGUUUAGAGGUGCUGUCCCUCCAGUUGUAUCAUUUAAUCUUGGAUCUCUUGGAUUUCUCACUUCUCAUAACUUUGAAGACUACAGGCGGGAUUUGAGACAAGUGAUUCAUGGAAAUAACAUAGUUGAAGGUGUCUACAUAACUCUUAGAAUGCGACUCCGUUGUGAAAUUUUUCGAAAUGGCAAAGCAGUGCCCGGGAAAGUAUUUGAUAUCCUGAAUGAGGUUGUUGUGGAUAGGGGUUCUAAUCCAUACCUUUCUAAGAUUGAAUGUUAUGAACACGACCGGCUUAUAACAAAGGUGCAAGGUGAUGGAGUUAUAAUAGCCACACCUACAGGGAGCACUGCUUACUCUACUUCUGCUGGAGGUUCCAUGGUUCAUCCAAAUGUUCCUUGCAUGCUUUUUACACCAAUCUGUCCACACUCCCUCUCAUUCAGGCCGGUUAUUCUUCCAGAUUCAGCAAGGCUUGAAUUGAAGAUUCCAGAGGAUGCUCGAAGCAAUGCAUGGGUUUCUUUUGAUGGGAAGAGAAGGCAACAACUCUCAAGGGGGGAUUCUGUCAGAAUAUCCAUGAGCGAGCAUCCCCUUCCAACAGUCAACAAAUCAGACCAAACCGGUGAUUGGUUCCACAGCUUGGUUCGCUGCCUAAAUUGGAACGAGAGACUAGAUCAGAAAGCCCUGUAAUGUCUCUAAAACUGGAUGCCAUCUUUCUCCAUCAUCAGCUCCGGAAACAGGUUUGUGUAAAUUACAUACUGUACAUAACUACAUAUGUAAAAUUGGAACAACCAUAGAAGGUUGAAUAUAAAUAAGAGUAAAUGUAUUCACUGCCAACAUAGGCUCCUACUUGAGAUUAGGUUUCACCAUUUUUCUCUUUCACUUAUAAUUGUAUAAUUUUUUUUUUUUGAUACUAUUCCCUAAUAUUCAAAAGUUAUAUUAGGCCCUAACUAAUUCAGAAUCAAACUGUGUCAAACUA